AGCAGCAGAGGCUGGGCAAGCCGAACUGGAGGGCGGGGGCAGCCACGGCUGCCUUGGAAACCGCUGCUUGGACUCCGCUACCCCUUGCUGGGCGGGAGAGCGAAGCAGCUCGCUUGGCUGUGCGGCCCCCGGUCUCUCAUCGGCUGAGGAGGCACCAUCCAUUUCCCUUGCAGGGCCCCAGAGACCGGAAGGCAAAACAGAGUUGUCAGCGAGGCCUGAGCAUCUGCUGGUAACCCGCAGAUCACAGGUAAAGAAAUGGCCUGCUCCACUGAGGAAGGAGGUCGGGUUCAUCUGCAUGCUACCCAUUGCCCAUCAAAGAUUCUGAAUUUGAAUUUUGUGAGACAAAUGGAAGAGAUGGUAGGCCGAGAUUUUCCCUGGUGAAGUCUCAAAUGCACUGAGUACCUGGAUCUGCAAGCCGCUGUGGACUGAGAACCACCCUACGCAGGACGUGAGCUCUCCCACUUACCUGUUGCAGAGACAGGACGGGAAAUAAAGACGACUUUCCUAACUCCUGCCCUACUGAAAUACAAGGAAGAGAUAGCCCAGGAACCUUGCUUUGGAGGUUUCUGCAGGUUAGGCUUUUUUACUCUUAAAAGCCAGCAGAUAUUCAAUCAUGGCUAGUAUCCUUGCACGAGUGCGUAACAGCCAGCAGCAGAACACACCCUUGCCACCUUGGGCCUAUUCCUUACUGAGGUCCCUGGGUGUGAGUCUUGCUCCUUUAAUGACCAAUAUAGUAGAAAGAAAUGUGAAAUUGUUCUCUGGGAGGGUGGCGCCAGCCCAGGGGGAAGAAACCUUUGAAAACUGGUUGAUUCAAGUCAAUGGGGUCCUGCCAGAUUGGAAUAUACCUGAAGAACAAAAAUUGCACCUCCUGAUGAAAACCCUUAGGGGUCCUGCCCGUGAGGUCAUGCGUUUGCUCCAGGCUGCCAACCCCAAUCUAAGUGUGGCAGAUUUUUUGCGAGCAAUGAAACUGGUGUUUGGGGAGUCUGAGAGCAGCAUGACUGCUCAUGGUACAUUUUUUAACACACUGCAGGCACAAGGGGAGAAAGCCUCCCUAUAUGUGAUCCGUUUAGAGGUGCAGCUCCAGAAUGCUAUGCAGGCAGGUGUCCUAGCGGAGAGAGAUGCAAACCAGACUCGCCUGCACCAGCUCCUUGUAGGGGCUGAGUUGAGUAGGAACCUGCGCAACAGGUUUAAGCAGCUCCUCAGGAUGUAUGCAAAUGAGCAAGAGCACCUUCCCAGUUUCCUGGAAGUAAUCAGGAUGAUAAGGGAGGAAGAGGAUUGGGAUGACAGUUUUAUUAGAAGGAAGCGUCCCAAGAGAUCUGAGCCAAUAAUGGAGCGAGCAACCAGUCCUGUGGUAUUUCAGGAGUUCCAGCCAAUGACGAUCAGUAGUGCCGACUGCAAUGUGAUAGAGAUAGAUGAUACUCUGGAUGACUUAGAUGAGGAUUUGAUUUUAGUGGAAUCUGGGGACCCUCCACUCUCAUCUUCAAAUGACCCACCCCUCAGAGGCAGGGCUACAUCUCAGGACCAAAUGCUGGUCAUUGAUUCCACUAACCAUCCCACGGCUCAAUCUCCUUCCACCAGCUGUGAUUCUACAAAUAAUAAUAGUCCUGAGGAUAGGCACAGAGGCAGGAAGCGCAAAUACACAACCCCCUAUUCCAUUUGUGGUCAGGAGAACCACUCUAAAGAACUCUGUGACAAUGAGAACAAGGCACAGGUUUAUGCAACAGUGAUGAUCACACUGCAGGAGCUGUCACCUACAGAGAUGUCAAAAGAAGUCCUUAGAGAGCACAAUGACCUCUCAGGGUCACAGUAAGAUGCUACCUCCAAGCCCUAAAUGAGCCCUUAACUGUAUUCAGAGUCAGAGGCUGUGAAAAACGAGGAUGGGCGUGGGGUUCUUACUGAAUGAAUUAAUCCUAAAGCACUUUUCCAUGGGGGGGAAAAUAGUGUUGUAUAUCAGCACAAUGAACGGUGAUGCUCUGACCACUUUCCUUGCUUCCUCUUCUGCUUGCUUAAUGGUGUUUACUCUGUUUGUCUUUCUUCAAUGUUUGUAUUCUGUUCACCUGUGUUAAACACAUCAAGAAUACAAUAACUGAACUAUAAAUUACCUGAAAAUUGUCACCCCCAUUGUCAGCCCUUUGGUGAAUGUCCUUCUAGAUAUUUCCCUGUAUCUGUGAAUCCAGAUAGAUGUAUGUGUGGAUAAAAGUGAUCAAAUGUGUUGUUCUAUAUUGUGUGGUUUUGAUCAAAUAAUAUAUCUUGUGGAGUUCAAAGUCAAUCAAUAUAUUAUA